GGAGCGUGCAGCAGCCGCACCGUCCCCGGGCGCCUUCCGGUGCCGCGGCCCCAUGGACCCCAACCUGCAGCUGUGGCGGGCGGAGGGACGGUCUUUCCUGCAGCGGUUCCGUCUCUGGGCUGACGUCCUCGACCCGCUGCUGCUCGUCGCCUCCUCGGAAGAAAUAAGAAGAAGCAGAUUAUUCAUACAAAGCAAUGGAAAGACUCUCAGUGAGCCCAUUCACAACAAUCAGAUGAAGCAGGCCUUCUUGCUAAGCCUGUCUAGCGUGCAUCCUGAUACAAACAAUGUAAUUCCUGUUUUGUUUAGACCUCCAGCUUUCCUGCCUAUAUCUCUUCCAUUGGUUAUUGUUUCAUCACUUCAGCUCCAAGCCAGGAAUGCAUUUUUUUGUCAGUUUGUGUUUCACACAUAUACUACUGGAUUCACCCUAAUCAAUGGAAAUGGCUCCAAGAAGGCUGAAGAGUACUCUGUUCAACAAAAGCAAGUCUUCUACGGCUUGGGUGCUAUCGCCUAUGCAGCAUGUAUAGGUGCUAUUCCUAUCUUCUUUAUGAAUCGAUACACAUUGAAGAGUCCCUUAACGCAGCUGGUCAUCAGAAAACUUUUGCCUGCUCCUCUUCUUGGCUUGAUGUGUGCGUUUACUGUGGCAGUGGUGAGAAGUCCAGAGUUUGAGAAUGGGAUUGAAGUAAUGGACAAGAAUGGCAAAGUAGUAGGAGUAUCACAGAAGGCUGGUGAGAAGGCCGUAAAAGAAACAGCAUUGUCAAGAGCAGCCUUGUUUGGGACAGCAUUCUUCCUGCCAGAAGUGUUUAUGUACUUUCUGAGAAGAGCGAACUUUGUAAAAACUCCGCGUGCUUUGGCUUCAGUGAGAAUGAUGAUGAUUACAUCAGUACUGACAGGAAUGCUACCAGUUUCACUUAGUAUGUUCCCACAGUGUGGUGAGAUAAAGCGAGCAGACCUGGAACCAGAAAUUCUGUCAUGUACAGAAGAAACAGAAUUAUUCUAUAAUAGAGGAAUUUAGGAAUUGGUUUUAAUGUAUAAAUGUUUUCUAGUUAAAGUGAACUCCAAAUGCCUCAACAAACUCGAUGGAAUACUUGGCUGAUCAAAUCAUGAGUUUAGUGGGAGGAUGCAUACCAUAUUUGGUGUACAGUGAUGUGAUCUAUAACCGGACAGACUUUUAAGAGGAAGACUUGCUAUUUGCAAGUCCCAGCCUAAAGGCGGGUUUGUACAUGUACCUUAAUGUUAUAAGUGAUAUUUAUACCAGAAAGCUUUGUUGUAACAGUGUGUUUGUCACAAGCUGUGUUCAUUAUGCUUCCUCAUGUGAUUGAUUGCUUAAUUAAAAGAUGGUGACUAUUGAAUACAAA